CCCCGCACCCCAGCCACCAGCCAGCCCCACCAGCCCCGCGGUCCCGGCCGGAGGAGACAGAUCCUCUAGCCGCUCGAUGGGGAGUCACAGAAGACCGCCUGUGUGUGUCAGAUUCCCACCUCUCUGUAGCAAGAGAAGUAACUACAGCGCCUUCACAGUCAUGAUGAUGAAACUGGUAUUAACUGAGUGGCCCUUAUGGAUUUUUAACUCUAACUCACAGUGAGCCAGCAAGCCAUAUGUUUACAAUUCAACCAAAAACCCUUCGUGUUGCUGCACUUCUCGUGUGAGAAGUUGAGACGCCUGUUGGUACAGAGUGGAGUACAAGAGUUACUUGCCGUGGAAUGCACCUGCAGCAGAGCGAGAAGACGUCUUAAUUUAUCAUUGGAGAGAGAUGAUAGUAUUAUUUAUAUAGGUAGAAUAAAUAUAUAUACAUAUAUAUUUUGGUGGUAAUGAAAAUGGCUCCGCAGAAUGCCGACUCAGAAUCUAUGCAAGUACAAGAGCUGCCUGUGCCCCUGCCAGACCCUCAGAAACCCAGAGACCCAGAGGCGGAGACCCAAGAGGAGACCACAAGCGAGGGGUCCAUAGACAGAAUCCCUACACGCCUUUGGGUCAUGCAUGGAGCAGUGAUGUUUGGCAGGGAAUUUUGUUACGCCAUGGAGACAGCACUGGUUACACCUAUACUGUUACAGAUAGGCCUCCCUGAGAAGUACUACAGCCUCACCUGGUUCCUGAGCCCUGUUCUUGGCCUCAUCUUCACACCACUCAUUGGCUCUGCAAGUGACCGCUGUACCCUGAGCUGGGGCCGCCGGCGGCCCUUCAUCCUAGCGCUGUGUGUGGGGGUCCUCAUUGGUGUUGCACUUUUCCUCAACGGCUCCGCUAUAGGUCUGGCGCUUGGCGAUGUUCCCAGCCGGCAGCCCAUUGGCAUUGUCCUCACGGUGCUGGGAGUGGUGGUCCUGGAUUUCAGUGCCGAUGCAACUGAGGGGCCUAUCCGUGCCUACCUGCUGGAUGUGGUAGACAGUGAGGAGCAAGACAUGGCCCUCAACAUACACGCCUUCUCUGCUGGCCUUGGUGGGGCCAUUGGCUACGUGCUGGGUGGGCUGGACUGGACGCAGACCUUCCUAGGUGACUGGUUCCAGACGCAGAACCAGGUGCUGUUCUUCUUCGCUGCCGUCAUCUUCUCGGUGUCAGUGGCUCUGCAUCUCUUCAGCAUUGAGGAGGAGCAGUACAGCCCACAGCAGGACCGCGGGCCUGAGGAUGCCACCCUGCCCAGCACCAGUGUCCAGCCUGGCGCCCUAGCCCCUGCUACCCGCCUCAGUUCCCUUGGUGGGGGCGUGCAGGACGGCAGCCCCCCAUUCCCAGAUGAGGUGCAGUCAGAACACGAGCUGUCCUUGGACUACCUCGAUGUGGACAUCGUGCGCAGCAAGAGCGACUCGGUGCUGCACAUGGCUGACGCCACACUGGACAUGGAGCCUCAGCUGCUCUUCCUGCAUGACAUCGAGCCCUCCAUCUUCCAAGAUGCUUCCUACCCCAGCACCCCCCAGAGCACCAGCCAAGAGCUCCUGAGGGCCAAGCUGCCCCGCCUGUCCACGUUCCUCAGGGAGUCCACCAAGGAGGACGACACCUUGCUUGAUAAUCACUUGAAUGAAGCUAAAGUCCCAAAUGGGAGAGGCUCUCCACCAAUGAACUCCCUCAGCCGCUCUAAGGUAGACUUGAAGCCCUCAGUCACAUCUGGCUCCAUGAGGCGGCGUAGGCACAUGUUCCACAGGCAGGCUUCCAGCACCUUCUCCUACUACGGCAAGAUUGGGUCCCACUGUUACCGCUACCGCCGGGCCAACGCAGUGGUCCUGAUCAAGCCAUCCCGAAGCAUGAGUGACCUGUAUGACCUGCAGCAGCGGCAGCGCUCCCGGCACCGCAACCAGAGUGGGGCUACUGCCUCCAGCGGGGACACGGAGAGUGAGGAGGGCGAGACAGAGACCACUGUGCGCCUGCUCUGGCUGUCCAUGCUGAAGAUGCCCAAGGAGCUGAUGUGGCUCUGCCUCUGUCACCUCCUCACUUGGUUCUCUGUCAUCGCAGAGGCUGUCUUCUACACUGACUUCAUGGGCCAGGUCAUCUUCAAAGGGAACCCCCAGGCCCCCUCCAACUCCACCAAGUGGCAUGCCUACAACGCUGGCGUGAAGAUGGGCUGCUGGGGCCUGGUCAUCUAUGCUGCUACUGGUGCUAUCUGCUCAGCCCUGCUACAGAAGUACCUGGACAACUAUGACCUGAGCAUCAGGAUCAUCUACAUGUUGGGGACCCUGGGCUUCUCCGUGGGCACCGCUGUUAUGGCCAUGUUUCCCAAUGUCUAUGUGGCCAUGGUCACCAUCAGCACCAUGGGUGUCGUCUCCAUGAGCAUCUCCUACUGCCCCUAUGCCCUCCUAGGGCAUUACCAUGACAUCAAGGAGUAUGUCCACCACAGUCCAGGGAAUUCCAAGCGUGGAUUUGGCAUCGACUGCGCCAUCCUCUCCUGUCAGGUCUACAUCUCCCAGAUCCUGGUUGCAUCUGCUCUUGGGGGUGUGGUUGAUGCUGUGAAUACUAUCAUUGUCAUCCCCAUAGUGGCCUCUGUGGGCUCUUUCCUGGGCUUCCUGACAGCCACAUUCCUGGUCAUCUACCCUGAGGUGUCAGAAGAAGCAAAGGAAGAACAGAAAGGGCUAUCCUCAGGGCCCACUGGCGAAGGCGAGGGUGGAGCAGACAGUGAAAAGCCCACUGUACUGAAGCUGUCUCGGAAGGGGGGCCUGCGGGGGUUGGUGGAGACAGAGUCUAUGGUGUGAGCCCCAGCUGGUACAUUCCACACUGGAGGGCAGGGUGCACUGGGGGUUAUGCUUGCCGACAGCAUGCGAGCUGGAGUCCUUCCCAGAGCACAGUCCAAGUUCAGUAGGUGUUAGGUGUAGGGUAGGUUUGAGCUAUUAGACAAAAAUAUCACACUAAUUACCUUUCCCACAAUUAAAAAAAUCAUUUGAAAUCUUUUUUUAUUGAAAAAGAACUUAAUUUCAGCUGUCUUUUAUUCUGCAGGUAUAUCAUUCUGCAUGUUUUUAAAUUGUGAAAUAUUCACAGCAUAGUCAAUAAGCAAUUUAGAAAAUGUAAGGGCCUGCAUUUCUAAACCAGUAAUUGGAAGUGCAGAAACUGACUCCCUUGGCAGGUGUCAUCUGAAGGCAGCAGACAGCAGCAGCGCAGUAUCCAGAUUGCCCAGCAGGUGUCUGUCGGGGACGCCUUCAGCAUCAGUCUGGGAUUGCAGCCCUUCAGAGUAUUUUUCUGUUUAUUUUAAAAACAGUAUUUUUUUUUUUCACAACUGUGGUUUUCUUAGAACAGCAUCUCUGGCGAGUUAGGCUCACAAUCCUGUGCAUAGCUGAGGCCUUACACCAAAGCUGGGGAAGGGGCCCGGAGGUGUUUGAACAGAAGGCAGCCAUUCCCCAGGGCAGCCUCCAGACAUCCCAUCCAGGGACAGCACCAGUCAGCAGGGCUGAAUGUGAACUCUGAGUGUGCCUCCUGUGUGCUUGUGUGUAAGUGUGUCUGUGUCCUGUCCCUACCCACAUGGUCCUCCCCAGAAGCCACCACAAGGCAGCUGUUGGCUCUGUGUGACACUUCAGCUUGUCUCUACACGUUUGGCUGGAAAUCCAGGCACAGAGCUCCAGGUGAGCAUUGGCUCCCAAGUCUUGCUGCAAGGCUACCUCGAGAAUGGGGGACAGUGGCAUCAGAGCAGGGCAUGUGAAGGUGCCAAGGCCUACCUCCCUGCCACAUUGGUGACAUUGAUCCUCGCUGGAACCUAACUGAAAUCUUGUGACCUCAUCACCUGCUCCUGCUGAUGGUCACUGGAAUGGGAAUGAAGGCAACGAGAAGCAGGCAUCUGCCUGAGCAGGAGGGCUGGUGACCCAGGAACCCCGAGUAGUUCCAUUUCUCCACAUGAACAAAACUUGGGCUUCAGGGAAGCAGGCUCAGCAAAUGCUGCAGCUGUGGGUAAAGACUUUCCAAAUGACGGUCUCUGUUUAACAACUCCACAGCCUCUCGUUCAUGAAAGUCAGUCCGCACUCAGGAGAGGGAGGCCCCCCUGGAUGGUACCCAGAUGAAGUCAGAGCCGUGCUCUUGCUGCCUCGGUUGAUGUUUUUACAUAAAGUACUUUACAGUGCAUGAGAAUCAUGCUGCAAUAUGAGCAUUCUAAAGCAAAGAUAUAUACAUAUAUAUUUCAAAAUGAAAGUAAGCAGUUUUUAAAUAAAUUACUUGAAUUUUCUGUGUCUUCAAAGGAA